UCGCCGGCGCCAUUACUUAUCUAUUUACAAACAUAACUUUUUUUGCUAAUUUCGAACAACUAGGUUCCUUGAUAAUUUUCCUAAUUAACAUGGAGAAGUGGGAGCUGCAAAUUCAGGAGUUCCCCUCGGAUCCGAAUCCCCGAGUAUUCGUUAAGUCUUUGCAAACAGCUAGCGAUGUGCUGAAGUUUGAUUUAGCUGAUUUCGAGACAGUGAGGCUAUUCGAAACCCUGCUACAAUCACCGGUGGACUUGCUAAAGACGAUACUGAGUAGAUACCAAGAGGAAGUGUGGUCGAAUGCCAUAACUGAAGCGUUCAAACUGCUCGGCUCCUGGUCUGAGAAGUAUCACGCAGUUCUCGAACCGUAUUUUGAAAAUAUCGUUAAAUUAUGUCAGCUACCUCACGCGCCGCACGUCAGACGGCCCGCGUUGGUGUGCGCGCGCGCACUGGCGCGGGUGACGCCGCGCGCCGCCGCCUGCGCACGGCGGCGCGCGGCGGAGCUGGAGAGCGCCACCUCUUGUAGGACCGAGCUCGCCUUGUUGGUCGGUACCUUAUGCGAAUACCACCCGGAGGAACUUGAGGGACAAGCCACAAGGAUUUGGCGGACGUACCUCGGCUUCUUAAGUAGUAGCGGGCUAACGGACAAAUUCGUGUCGUCAGUAUUGGAAGGCGUGUGCGGUCUUCUCGUCAGCUUCGGCAGGAGUCUGCCCGUCAGCGAGUUGUGGGACUUCUACGACACCAUGGUUCGCCUUCAAGACAGAUGUGGAGACGUGUGUAUACGUAUACUGCGUGCGCACGCGCCGCUGUUCAAGGAGCGCGUGGCGGGCGACGCGCGCGCGCGGCGCCGGCUGUGGGCGGCGCGCGGCGGCGGCGACGCCUUGCUCAGCGUUUACGACGCCGUCGCACAGGUCAAGGGAGAUAGUGUUCAGACGAUAAUACAACAAGAGGUCAUACCCCACCUGUCUACUGCCAACAAGCUAUUGGCCCUAAGAAUACUGUCCAAGCUCCGGCGUCCCGAGUUCGAGUCCGUGCUGGAGAGCUGCUCGGACGCCCAGGAGAUGGAGUUCCAGAUGAGGGCCGAGGCCGUCUCCGAUCAUACCGCCGAUGUGAUAAUCUGGUACAUAGAAAGCAAAUUAACUCACAGCUUGAGACUUGCGCAGACUGCGUUGCUUUAUUAUCGUAACUUGCCACAGAGCAAGGUGAAUGACCUUGCGGCCGCCAUCUUGUCUAACGGGGACGUUCGUGAGGAGUCCAUCACAUUCCUAGCAUCGGAAUGUUGUCAACGGACGGUGGACAGCGGCGGGUAUAUGACAAUGUGGAAAUCCCUGUUGGUGGAUGCCGGAAACGGGCUAGACAGAGCUUCCGCCUUCAAAGAACUAAUGGGCUAUGUAGAUUUUGUGUUGCAGAAUUGGUUGGAAGAGAGGAUUUGUACACUACCAGACGCAAUAUCGUCACUAUUAACUCUCACAACAAAUAUAUUAUCGUUACCUAUAACGGAGGUCGUGGAAAUGUCGCCGGCGACACUGAGCGACACGCUGCGACUGUGUCGCGCGGCCGAAGUCGUGUCGUUCGUUGUCGCAGUGCUGGAAAGGGGGGGCGGUGUCAGGGAUGAUGUGUGGCCGUUGAUACGAGUUGACAAAUGUCGCACUGAGUCGUCGUUGUGCGCGUGCUGUCUUUUAUUACUUUACUCGCCUUUUACGACGGACCCUAACGACGUAUUAGCCGCUUUGCAGAUAAUAUUCACGAGGGCCGAUGUUGAAAAUGUGACGUUACUGAGAGCAAUUCAGAAACUAGAGAGUUUGAUGUGCGACGCUGGCGAACUAGAUGGCGCUGUUGUCGACAGAGUAAUAUGUUUAGUGCGAAAGUUGCAAAAUAGAAAUAAUAUGGCGGACAAAGAUGGCCGCAUUCUGCAAAGGCACAUCACCAUGUUUUUGGGCAAAUACGGGUGUGAUGCCGACGUUAUUAACAAUGAUGACACGAUUAACCUGGUCACUGCGCAGUUGAAGGAUUCAGUGUUCCUGACGUUACAGCAUUUGGAUGGAGAAAGAGUCAAGAUAAAUUUGCAAGAACUAAUCAAAUUGGCUCUAGAAGACGAGGAUCCUGAUGUUUUGAUGCAACUCCUGAAGAUAAUAUGCGCUGGACCCGUGUCUCGCCGUGUGUCGGUGUUAGUCGCGUGCGCACUGUCGCUGUGUCGCGCGGCGUGUCGCGGCGACUGCGCGGUGUCGUGCGACGUCGUGCGACGGGCGGUCGCGUGCUGCGACACCGCCGGCGCGCUGAACGAAUUGUUGAAUAUGAUCAGCUCGGAACAGUCUCCAGGAGUCAGGGGCAUGGUGUGCGGCUCCCUGCCCGAGGUUCUGUCGGACGAGCUGAUGGCAAGCGCCGUGGGUUACGCCAUCGGCAUGAUCGGCGGCUGCGGGACUACAAAAUUAGCAGGUCUAGACUUGCUAGACGCAUUAAUACCUGCAAUCGGGGAUAAUCAUUCAAUUAUAAAAACUUACCUACCAUCGAUUCUCGAUCGGAUCUCGAUGACGAACGAACUCGAAGCCAUUUCUACUUUCGACAUAUCGACGAAUCUUUUCGUCGAGAAAAUGGCGUUGUUCGAUGUUGAUGAUGUGGAAAAGUUAUUGAGAAAUUUAUUCAAGAAUCUGAUUGUCGGUGGUGAAAUUGGCAAAUAUGAUAUAGAAACAUACAAAAGAAUCACAAAUAUAUGUGUACGCAUAGCAAAAGAGGCGUCUUUGUCGAAUAAAAUUGAUACUUCCAGAAUAAUAGGUGAAGUUUUCAAUGCUAUUAAUUUGGAUAACAGCGAUUUUUAUAGAAGUAUUUACGUAUUGGCUGUGGUGAGAGACAAAUUCGAGUUGGAUUCGAGUUUUUGUGGUACUAUGUUUUUUAAUAAAACUAUUUUGAAUCAGUUGUAUGGAAUUGAUGACCUGUUUUUGGAAGACGGACCAUUUAGAUUGGAAUCAAUUUUGGUUUUCAUGAAAACGUAUGCUGAUACCUUAUUGGAGUUUAACUAUGAGAAAACCACAAACCUUCUAUCUACUAUAAUGCGCAACAUCCCACCGUCAAGCGUCAUAGACAACGAGGAAAUACUGAAACUAUGCCUAAAAACAUACAAAGACAUACUGAAAACGUAUCCCAAAAACUUAUUGGACAGUUACGAACAUUGGCUCACAAACUUACCACUACCUAACAUACAAGACAUAUACAUAGAAGAAUCAUACUAUGACAAUGUAAAAUCUCUUAACAUAUAUUUGAACAUGACCGAGUUUUAUUUACACAGUUUCAUGAACAAAUUGGCUUUAUGGCCCAAACGUGUGAUGAGGAAGUACUUGGAAGGCGCCACCGGCACCGAGCUGUCAUUUCUGACAGACUGUCUGACGGCCGCUGUCAAAGUGACAGGUUUCAACGUCAAAAGUGUGUUAUUGGAGGGAAAGUCGGCUAAAGAUUUGAUUGGUGUGAAAUUUUGCGGGCAAUUCAUGAGAGUUUUCUUAAAUUCGUUUCUGAAGAAACCCUACGUGCUCAGGGACGACGACGUGGGUGACUGCUGUGUCGUAUUGGAUGCAGUUGUCAGGUUUUGUGUGAAGCGGAAAUGCUCGGAGGCGGUCUACGAACAACUCUUGGAUCUGGUGGACGAGGUGUGGUCAGUCUACGAAUCCAAAACGGAUUUCAAUCAAAAAUGCCAAUUACUGAACAACAUGUCGUGUUUACCAAAGAAACUGAGCCGGGAUUCGAACCCGAUGCGUUGGGUGGCCGGACAACUUAAUGAACAAGGCAAUACGGAGAAUAGUGUUAGACUGAUGGAGCUACUGCCUGGAGGGGACGAGUUCGGUGACUGCUACGCGACAUUCGCCAGCAACACGCUGAGCCCCCGCGCCGGCGACUGCGGCCGCGCCGCUCUCCGCGCCGCCCUGCACGCGCUCGCGGCGGCCCCCAGCGAGUCCCUGCUCAGGAUCGUGGCCGCUCUCGCUCACACUGACGAUGAAGACUCAAGUCAAGAUAAAUGGUGGGAGGCGGCGCUGGACGCUUGCAGCGCUUCGCUCGCUCGCCGCGAGAACUUUAAGGCCUGCGACAUACUGUUGGAGCUGAGCGAUGACAGCCCGUCGCUUGGAGUGUGUAGCAAGCUUAUAUUGCCAAUACUGAGGUAUUCUACGUCAUCAUACUGCGAGGAGUUCUUCGCUCGCAACCUGAACAGUAUCCUCAGCCGGCUGGCGAGGAAGCCUCGCGAUUGUAUCUCUGUGAAACACCAACAGUGUGUGGUGCAGCGCACCAGGGCGCUGAUGUUGUUGCAACUCGCUUUUGAGAAGAUACCGCUCGCCAGCAUCCAAUCGCCGUCGUCGCGCCUGUACCGGGAACUGAACCCGCCGCCGCCGGCGUCCAACCACUUGACCUCAGCGGCGUGCAAGCUGUGCGUCACGCUGCGGGGCGAUGCGCGCGCGCCGCUCGUCACGCUCGCGUGUUACAACCGAUACCAGUGCGCUAUAUACAACUGUCUGUGCGCGGCCAUUUGCAAAUCGAGCCCGGCGGAUAAAUUCUACGAUUUCAUAACAGGACCCGAGGCGUGGGGCAAGAUUAUAGACGCGUGUGGACCUUACGACUUGCCCGUGGUCAAGAACCGUCGCAAAAUCACCAAGUGCGUCUCCAUACCGAUCCCCGGCUCGGCCGCCACCAGCUCCACCCUGAGGAGUGGCUCCACGAGAUCCAGGAUGUUCCUGAGGACCCUCUCCGAGGAUCCACACAAGUUCGACCUGUACGACAGGGAGGAGGAACAGGUGGAAAUCCAAGAGAUAGAAAUGCCGUCGUCGCCGGUCAACGCGCACCCGUGCGCGCCCACCGUGUCGGCGCUGCUCGCGCACGUGCGCACGCGCAUGUGUUUCGCGCGCGUGUGCGAACUACUCGCGCGCACGCUCACUGACACCAACAGCUGUUUGUUGGCGCAGUGCAUUUGCAAUUGUCACAAUGUAUUAUCGUCGCAAGCUAACUUGUUGCGGCCGGCGUUGCUCGCCUACACCGCCAGUACCCUGCGAGGCGGGCCUCUGAACGGACUACACGCUGACAUUGUAAGUGAUACUGUUUCGAUAUACACUUUAGCAUUGUCACAAUGUGCUAUCGUCGCAAGCUAA